GUUUCAUUAAAUUUUAAUCUAUAUAUCUGUAAAUGUUUUUAAACCUUUCUCUUAUUUUUAAAAUGGAUGCAUCAAUUGUCACUUAAAGCUUUUUCUAUUUUUAAAGGUUUUUUGUAUUUGUAGUUACCAUUAACCUAUAACCUGCUCGUCUUUUUUAACCCUUGGUGAGACUUUUAAUAUAAUGUCCAAUGUGGGGUUUUUUUGUUUGUUUGUUUUUGGUUAGCCGUAGCCGUUGUAGCCGGUUCUGUAAUAUUUGGAUUGGAUUCCCUACAUUUUGUUUGACAUUUGUGCCCUACACUAGUUACAUUUGAUUUCUAUUCUAUACAAUUUUAUUUAUCUGCUAUUGGCUGUAAUUAACGUUUUACAUUGUUUACAUUGAUGAAUCAUUGUUUUAAAAUCAUUUGAAAUAACCUUGAUUUUUUUUUUUAAUUGAUCUCAGGUAAAGGCACACAUCAGUCUUAAGGACCAUGCAUGUUGAAACCACAUGGCUGACCACAUUAAUGGCUCUCUGACUCAGAGCCGGCCACUGGUGCGAAGUAAUAACUCCCGUAUGAUUCUAGUACAGAUUUUUGUGGCCCUUUUCCUUGGCAUCAAUACCACACUCCUUGCUGUACUCUUCCUAAAGGAAAUCCACUACACCACCAUGCGAUACAUCCUGUUUGCUGUAACUCUAAUUUCUGACUCUGUGAUCCUACUCUUCUCCAACAUUUUGCUCAUCUAUAGUUAUUAUGAUAUAAACAUCCAGAUCUGGUCCUGCAUAUUAUUUUGCGUGCUGUUGUCCAUCUACUCAUUUGUCACUCCAGUCAACCUGACAGCCAUGACACUGGAGCGCUAUGUGGCCAUUUGCAUGCCUCUGCGCCACGCUACGCUGUGCACUUUGCGCUCCACUGUGAACGCCAUCCUCAUUAUCCACUGCCUAAGCUCCAUACCGAGCCUGGUCAUACUUUCAUUGCUCUUUGCUUCAACAUCGCUGAGUUUCUACCGAAGAUACAGCAUUUGCUCUUUUAAUAUGCUCAUCAUUCACCGCUGGCAGGGUCACCUGAGAUCUGCCAUCAGUCAGUUUUAUUUCCUCGUCAUGUUGGUCACUAUCGUGUUCUCCUACGUGAAGAUUAUGAGAGUAGCUAAGGCAGCAUCCGGAGAGGACAGAAAGUCAUCAUUACGAGGGCUGAGGACGGUGGCUCUGCAUGGUUUUCAGCUGCUGCUCUGUCUCAUCCAGCUGUGGUGUCCCUUCAUAGAAAUGGCUGUACUUCAGAUUGAUUUCAGGUUGUUCAUUGACGUCAGAUUCUUUAACUACAUACUCUUUAUGCUUGUACCACGUUGCCUGAGUCCUCUCAUUUAUGGCCUCAGAGAUGAAAAAUUCUGUCAGUCACUCAAGCAUUGCAUUCUGGGAGGCUUUCACAGGAAACAGCGUUUCCAAAUAUCACAUGUCAGAAAAUGACGUUUUAUCGCUGAGAUAUUUGGACAGACCUGAAGUUCUUUUCUACGCUCUGGUAAAUGUAAUCAUUGAGUGCUAGCAUACAAAGCUUUCAGGCUAAUCAACUGUGUUACUUUAACAAAAUAUUUAGCUAAUUUAAAUUUUUUUAAGGACACCCCAGGGCAUAUUUUACUAUUUUAGUUUACGUUUACUGAAUAUACUUAAACUCACUGAACAUUUCAAUGUUCAUUAAAUUACAUCACAUUCAUUCUUGUGCCAAAGUGUCUGAGUCCUCUGAUUUAUGGCCACAGGGACGGGACAUUUUUUGCCGUCAUCUGCUUUGUGUGG